UCAGGUCCGGCUUCCCAUGACAAACCGGAAGUAGGUUUUUGCCCCUCACCGUAGGAAGUGUUUUCACCAAGAAAAAAACACUUUAUGCCUUUAAAAUGUUCCGUUUAUUGGUGCCACAUACUUUAUAUGCACAAUUUAAGCUUUUGCCCAAGCGGGUGACAACUCUAUGGCUCCCACGAGCCGCUGGGCGAGCUGGGCCGCCCGGACAGAGGAGUGUUUUUACCCAAAGGCGAUGCUACGCUAGCAAGUCCACCACCAAAAACUUUUCCUUGGUGUGGAUCUGUGGAGCUGGUGUGGGACUUGCCUUGGUGUUUGGACUGAAAUAUCACGCGGGGGCAGAAAAAGGUUCGUGUGAUAACACAUCGACGAACCGUCAGAAUCAUCGAUACGAUGCUGCAAUCGAAGCGAGUCGACUUUUGGUGGAGCGAAUCCAGAGUGAGGUCGGAGCUCCCGGCCUGGUGGUGGCGGUGGCGGUGGAUGGAGUUCCUGUCUGGUGUGAAGGGGUCGGUUAUGCUGAUUUGGAGAAUCGUCUUCCAUGUGGCCCGGAAACCGUGAUGCGAAUCGCCAGUAUCAGCAAGUCGCUCACGUCGGCGGCUGCUGCGCGUCUCUGUGAGGAAGGGAAACUCGAUCUCGAUGCGCCUGUCCAGAAAUAUGUCCCAGAGUUUCCUCUAAAAAAGUUUGAUGGACAGAAUGUCACGAUAACACCUCGCAUGAUUCUCUCCCACCUCAGCGGGAUUCGGCAUUACGAGAAGGACCCAAAUAAAGUGAGAGAGGAAAUGGAGAAAGCCAAGCGGCUUCUGAAACCGUCCAUGAUGGAGAAAAAGGAGGAUAUAAAUGAAAAUAAAGGUGAGCCCCCUAAGCAAUCCAAAGAAGCUUCCCAGGCCAAGAAGAAAAAAGAGUUUGAGCAUGAAGAAUACUACUUGAUGGAAAAUUUUGAGAGUGUCACUCAAGCGUUGGACCUCUUUAAGAACGACCCACUCAUUUUCAAACCAGGCACAACAUUCUUGUACUCGACCCACGCCUACACCCUCCUCAGUGCAGUUAUCGAGCAAGCUGCGGGACGGCCCUUCCUGGAUGUCAUGACUAACCUCUUCCGAGAACUUGGAAUGCUCAAUACGGUGCCAGAUCAAAAUGAACCCAUCAUUUAUCAUCGUUCCAGGUAUUAUCAUCUGAACAAGCGAGGCCGGGUGGUGAACUGCCCGUACGUAGACAACUCGUACAAGUGGGCGGGCGCCGGCUUCCUUUCCACGGUUGGGGACCUCCUGCUCUUUGGUAACGUUCUCCUCUACAGCUAUCAAAUGGCUCACAUUAAGGACAGUGAAGGGCUGCUGCCCGGUUUCCUCAAACCCCAAACCGCCGUGGAACUUUGGACGGCGGUGGAUAAGACGGAGGCCAGCUGGGACAAGGACGGACGAUACAGUCAAGGCUGGCUGGUGGUGGACAAAGAGCAGAAAUACGGGCAUUGCAGGAAGCGCAAGCACUAUGUGUCGCACACAGGGGGCGCUGUGGGGGCCAGCAGUGUCCUGUUGGUGUUGCCCAGCGAGGAGAUGGAGCAGCGACGAGGGCAGAAGGUCCUCCCGCAGGGCGUGGUGGUCAGCAUUCUCACCAACAUGCAGUCUGUGGGACUCAACAGCACAGCCCUGAAAAUUGCACAGCAGUUUGACAAAGCCAGAAGCGCGAUGCCGUCCAAACAUAAUGGGUCAACGUUGUGUGUGUUUACGUGACUUACACACAGGAAAGUGUGUCCAUGGAGGCAAGUUUAUAGCACGUGCCUCCAUUCAUGCAAUAGGCAGCAUCCUCCCCAUCACAUGGCAUUCCAUGUUCUGUACAGACAAAGCAACUCGUAUGAAAUGGUGGCUCUAUCGAAAGGUGGAAGGUUACCUCGAGGUUACCUAGUGGAAAGUAGGUGAAUCAAAGGAGAAAACGAAUUACAAGGAGGCUUACAAUUGAUCCUUGUGGAACACCUUCCGAAAACAAAAAAAAUAUUUGUCAACCUCAACAACUCGAGCUGCAUCGAAUGCGAUAGUAGCCUUACAAAAACACCUCACGAUAACGUUGUCUUAAAUAGCUUCAUUUUUUAGAUACAAAUUUGUAUACGUAAAUGCCAGGAAAAUUUGCCAAGUUACGAAAUAUCUAAGCGUUGUCCUUACCUGCCUGUGAAAUCCCAACUUUUGGUAGCUACCGUGACUUCCCAAUGUGACUCAUAGUACUGUGUUGCUUUCACCUAGACCUUUAAGGACAGGCGUGAUGUGGGCGUGCUCCUGCCUCCUUGAAAUAUGUCGUGAAUGCAGUUUGUCCACAUUGCCCGUGAAAAUGGCGAUACCGGCUCACCGGAGGCCCGUUUGUCAGCUUGUCUGUCAGGUCAGCAGUGUAAUCGCAGCAGCCUCUGGCCAUCACUGAGAUUGAUGAUGAUGGUGGUGGUGGCCUGAGCAUGAUCACGUCACGCCGACUGAAAAGGCUCUCUGCUGUGCCGUCACAGGCUCGGAAUGGGUGAGGCAACAUUUGUGCUCGUCUGCGUGGGGCGACUCAAAUGAAUGGUAGGCAUGUCGAGAAGGUAUGACUGGAAUCGUGGGAACUCGCGUCAAGGCGUACCGAUUGCUUCCUUCAAAGGAGUUAUUAGUGCCUUGUGUUUUGGACCGUUAGUUGACUCAUCAACUGGCAAGUUUUCCUCAUUGUUUCUUAAUGAGGGAAGUGUGUCACAGUGCACGUUUCCCAUCUUUGAAACAUUGUUGUGAAUCUCUGUCGCCAAUAUAAUUAAUGAAUUGUUGUGCGCCAACUCCAAAUGGUGUCACUAGCUUGUGGGGUAGUAUCACUUGACUUUUUCCUACGCAGUUAAAAAAAUAAAUCAUAUUUUCACAUUUUGGAUAA